AUGUCUUCCUCAUCGGUCACUCAAUCCGUUGAGGCUGUGCUUUCGAGAAUCAACUAUCCCUAUGCCCCUCGUGUUCGGAAUGAUGUCUACAACUUACUUUCUAACAUUCCAUUAAUUGUAAAUGUUGCAAAAUUAAAUGGUAAAGACACCAUGCAAUUAACAGGAACAAUCCCAAUGUAUUAUAAGGGAUCCAAAUAUAAUAUUCCAAUGACAUUCUGGAUUGUUGAAAUGUAUCCCUACCAUCCUCCUUUGUGUUUUGUUUCUCCAACGCCCAACAUGGUGAUCAAACAAAAACAUAAACAUGUAAGCGAAACCGGACAAUGUUAUCUUCCAUAUCUUUCGGAAUGGAAUCCAGCAUCAUCUGAUUUAUACGAGUUGGUCAAUCAGUUGAGUGCAAUUUUCGGAUCAGAUCCUCCUGUCUAUCAAAAAUCAGGAACAACACAUACGACCACACCCUCAGGUUCUGUCUCUAAUCCAAUGUUAAGUAGUGUCACUAAUUAUCCUCCUCCAUUUCAUCCUCCCAUUGGAAUGUCAUCCUCCACGUAUGGCUCUACUUCCACAACAAAUCCAACAACGUAUGGCCCAACAACAACUCCUCCAUCAUUUGGAACAUCAUAUAUAGGUGGAACCACAGUAUAUGGAGUAAAUCCAAUGUCCUCAUCUAUGUAUAAUUUACCUCCUGUUCCAAGACCUCCAACUGAAAGUGAGCUCAGAGAAAAACUUGUGGCAAAAGUAAGACAGCAUUUGCAAAACGUCACUCUCAAAGAAUAUGGAGCUAAAAUAGAAGCAGAAUUUAAAACUCAAAAUCAGUUGAGUGCAAGGGAAAAACAAUUGGAGACAUUUGAGCAACGUAUGAAAGCAGAGCUUGAACAAAUUGAGAAAGAUAAAGAAAACUUAUUACAAAAGAAAGCUUCGUUAGAGGAAUGGAUUAACAACAAUGAAAACAAGCCAAUAGAUGUGGACACAAUAAUUAAUCCACAAGACAUGCAAAGCAAACAAAUUCUUGAUCUCACAAGUGAGGACAAUGCCAUCGAUGAUGCUAUUUAUUAUUUAGAAAAGAAAUUACAUGCCAAACAAAUUUCUCUCCAAGAUUGGCUUGAGCAAAUUAGAGAACUGAGUAGACAACAAUUUUUCAAGAAAGCUCUCAUUAAAAAGAUGGCCCAAAGCAAUUUUUAA